UAUUCUGUUAGUGUGCAUGUGGUAACUUCAAAUUCGUGUUUCUGUGCCAACUGUCUACCAACAGCUCUGAUUUUUCUUCAUUUCAUCUCUCUGCACCCCUCCUAGAAUGCUCACUCUGGAAGAUUUCAUCAGGAAGGAGCCGAAGACUAUCCAUGGGUACCCCAUGGUCUAUGCCUUUUCACACAACUGGGAGAGAAUAGAGAAGUUCCAGUGGAGACCAGAUGACAUUGUGAUUGCCACUUACCCCAAAUCUGGUACCACCUGGAUUUCCGAAGUUGUGGAUAUGAUUCAAAAUGAUGGUGACAUUGAAAAAUGUAGUCGAGAUGCCAUCACUGAAAAAGUUCCGAUGUUGGAAUUGUUUGUCCCAGGACUGAGGAUUACAGGCACGGAGGCAUUAGAAAAGAUGCCAUCGCCCCGCCUUAUCAAGACCCAUCUGCCAGUUGAUCUCAUUCCCAAGGAUUGCUGGAAAAACAACUGCAAGAUAAUUUACAUGGCAAGGAAUGCCAAAGACGUUGCAGUUUCAUAUUACCAUUUCGACUUGAUGAAUAAAUUGGAGCCUUACCCCAACUCCUGGGCAGAGUACCUGGAGAAGUACGUGACUGGGAAAGUGUCCUAUGGUUCCUGGUUUGCCCAUGUGAAGAGCUGGUGGGAUAAAAAGGAAACCUACCCCAUGCUCUAUCUAUUCUAUGAAGAUAUGAAAAAGAACCCUAAGAAGGAAAUUGAGAAGGUGAUGCAGUUCCUAGGGAAGAACCUGGAUGAAGAGGUCUUGGAGAAGAUCCUCCAUCAUACCUCAUUUGAAAUGAUGAAAAAUAAUCCCUUGUUGAACUUCACGAAUAUAUCGAGUAAAAUGAUGGAUCAUGAAGUUUCUUCUCACCUGCGGAAGGGGAUUGUUGGUGACUGGAAGAAUUACUUCACGGUGGCCCAGAAUGAAAUAUUUGAUGCAAUAUAUGAGAAGGAAAUGGCCAGAACCACACUAAAGUUCUGUACAGAGGUCUAAGGGGACCUGACUCUCAAACUUGUGUUCCUGCAUUAUAAGUUGAAGGCACCUGUGGUUAAACACAACCCCAUCUGCACUUGGUGGGUCUUCAGUGCCUCCUACCAGUUUCUUAUGCCCUUUUUAUAUCCUUGUCAAGUCCCUCUCACGAAAGGAGAAUAUAAAUUUUCACUUGUCUCUUGCCCUGAUGGCUCUGAAAA